AUGAAUGAUCCGCUUAUUAAACGCACACCAAGUCAAACGGACAUUGCAGCAUUCAAAGAUCGAACUAAAAUUGAUGCAUUGAAACGAUUAAAAACAUCAUUGAAUAAAAUUAUUUCAACAGCUCCAGCAUCAGCGACAAAAGAUGCAACACGAGUGGAAUUUGAUGGAUUUGAGAAAUUAUUCAGUCGAUUUUUAUUAGAAGGUGUCGAUCAAUCAUCAAUUGAUUGGCAAGAAAUUCGGCCACUACCUGAAGGAACUGUCAUCCCGUACAAAAAGUUAAUUACAGCUGAUCUAAGCGAUGCAAAGGAACUUUUGAGUAAAUUAAUUGUUGUCAAACUCAAUGGUGGUCUUGGAACAACGAUGGGAUGUCAAGGACCGAAAAGUGUGAUCUCUGUGCGAAAUGAUUUAACAUUUUUAGAUUUAACCAUUCAACAGCUUGAACACCUCAAUCGUCAGUAUGAUUGUGAUGUUCCGCUUGUUCUAAUGAAUUCAUUUAAUACACAUGAAGAAACAGAAAAAGUCGUUGAAAAGUAUAGUCAUGUUUCUGUUAAAAUCUACAAUUUCAAUCAGUCGAAAUAUCCACGUGUCGAUCGGGAAACACUGUUACCAAUCGCGACCAGUAUGACAAAUUCAGACAAUGAAUGCUGGUACCCACCGGGUCAUGGUGAUGUCUAUCAAGCAUUUUAUAAUUCUGGUCUGUUAGACCAGUUCAUUCAACAAGGGAAAGAAUAUAUGUUCUUGAGUAAUAUUGAUAACCUUGGAGCAUCUGUUGAUUUAUAUAUUCUCAAGCAUUUACUGACGGAUGCGGUGAAACAUGAGUUCAUCAUGGAAGUAACAGAUAAAACACGAGCGGAUGUGAAAGGUGGAACAUUGAUUGAAUAUGAGGGAAAAUUGCGUUUACUCGAAAUAGCACAAGUUCCAAAAGAAAAUGUAGAUGAAUUCAAAAGUGUAUCAAAAUUUCGAAUUUUUAACACCAACAACUUAUGGAUUAAUCUACCAGCUAUAAAACGAGUUGUCGAAGAUCAAUCUCUUCACAUGGAAAUUAUUGUUAACCUUAAGUCUUUGGACAAAGGUUUCAAUGUUAUCCAAUUAGAAACAGCCAGUGGUGCAGCGAUCAAAAGUUUCGAGGGAGCUCAAGGCAUAAACGUUCCUCGUCGUCGUUUUCUGCCAGUUAAAACAACAUCGGAUUUGUUACUUGUUAUGUCAAAUUUAUUUACUAUUCAUCGUGGAAUUUUAGUUAUGAAUCAACAACGUUCGUUUCCUUCAGUACCACUCGUUAAGCUCGCAACAAGUUUUAAUAAAGUAAAAGAUUUUCUUUCACGUUUUCAAAGCAUUCCCGAUUGUCUUGAACUCGACAGUCUUACCGUAUCAGGCGAUGUGACAUUCGGUAAAGGUGUCUCACUUCGUGGCACAGUUAUCAUAAUUGCAAAUCAUGGUGAUCGAAUCGACAUUCCAACAGGCGCUAUAUUGGAAAAUAAAAUUAUUUCAGGAAAUCUGCGUAUUCUUGAACAUUAA